AUGAAGAAGUCCUCCCGUCAAGUCAUUGAUCAGCGGUACGAUUCCAAGAUGACUCUAGACUUCCUCACCAACAAGAAAGCCCUCGGAGAGUUUUCUACUCUGGCUCCACGGCCACAGCCACAGCAACCAUUACCGCAACCUCGUUGUCACUCAUGCCUUAAGGGAGUAGGUUCUGGAUUGUUGAGGGGUUGGAAGAACAGGCUUUCAAUUGGAAAAUAUGGACCUUGGAUCUAA